GCUACUAAAAAAAAAAACUUGUACAAACAAAUAAGCAAUUUAAGCAUUAAAUUUAUAAAUUAAAUACAAAAUGAAUUUGGGUGCAAUUAACUUUGACUGUUGGUUGACAAUAAUCAAAUACUUAAACCUCAACGAUCAGCUGGCGCUUUAUGAAGCCACUCAUGGAGUCUUAAAUGGCAUAAACUUAAGUCUAGUGUAUGGCUGGAAAAAACAGCAUUGCUUUAGACUUGAUGGAAUAAGCAUUAAGUUGUUUGAGCAGAUGCCGGAAGUGUUGGACAUUUUCCUCUCCAGCAUAAGUGCAACAAUACAGGAAUUGCAACUGAAGUUCGCCUCAGUGGAGUUUCUCCAACAAUGGGAGAAGUACACAUUUUCAAACAUUGAAACACUGGAAUGCAUAUUCGAUGAUCGUCGCUGCCAUAAACCAUCUACCGAUGAGGAAAUACAUCUACUGACAAAGCUCUUUCCAAGACUGCGAUGCGUGAAGCUUGGUGCCGCAAUGCGGCAGUCAUCGAGACACUUGCGUCACGCGGACUGGGGCACCUGGGAGCAGGGCCGCAGAGGCAAUAAUUGCCCCAAAGGAAUCGCCAGGUGGCAGCUGCUGGAAGAACUAACAUUGUCUUAUCAUUUCCGGUUGCCUUUCUUUAAUGACGGAAUCGUGUCGUUGCCCAACCUACAGUCAAUUACCUUUUACCAGAAUGAACUCGAAAACGAUUUGGAUGAGAUGCUAAAGGAACGUUGGAAGGACGUACAUAAAAUGAUCCUUAAUGAUUGCAUUGACAAAUACAGCUGGGAAAAGCUACGUAAGCUGACAAGCUUGCAUCACUUGACAAUAGUUCACGAUGAAUUUUUCACCCGAGGAAUCAUAAACAAAGUAGUUGAGAAAAUGAAUCAACUGGAGCAACUGGAUCUUGUCGACUUUGAAAACUGGUAUUCUGAUGAUGGCCUGUGGCAACUUGUUGGUUAUUGUCCAUUGCUAAAGAUCCUAAAUAUAUCAGGCAUGGAUCUAAAACCCUCAUUCUUUAAUGUAAACAGGAGUCUCAUGGAGAAGGCAAUGAAAAAGCAUUGUCAGACCCUAACAUUGUAUUGCGGCAAAAGGGACUCGGAGAUCGAGGAACUGUUUCGUCAGCAUUUUAACCAUCCAGAAGUCACGCUCUCCUUUGAACCUGUAAAUGUGGAAUUACUAAAUUCGAAUAUGGUGAAAAUCCAUUUUUAACCUUUGCCAUUCUAGUCAACUAUGUACAAUGGAUACUUUCCAAGAGGAUUUUUGUAUUUUUCAUUAAAAUGGCUGUGCUGCAGGAACCAUGAAUAUGGUUGAAAAUAAUCGUAUAUAAUUAUAAAUGGCAUCACCUUAGCUCUUUAAUAAUAAACAGUCUUAUACAACAGUGUUCUACCACUAA